AUGGAUCCAAUGCCCAGAAAGAUUCGCGUACUUUUCCCCCGAAAUCCACCGGAUAAUUUCGAUAAUUGCAAGGAUUUUCCGACCUUCACCCCAAGCAUCGAAUGUCUUUUCCCUGGCUGGACUUUGGAAAUCAUUCACUCCAUUACCCAAGCCCUUCAACUCAUCAUCGAGCCGGUGUUUAUGGAUGCCGGUGCCGGCGAGGUCAAUUGGGGCACCUUGGUCAACAACACGACUUGGUAUGGAGCUCUCUCAUACCUACAAAACAAUCAAGUCGACGUGAUCAGUCUUCUCUAUCAACAAACGGCCGUUCGGGCGCAAUGGUUCGAGUACUCGUAUCCGGUGACAUCGGUCCAAGAAGUGAUCAACGUGCAAGAGGCUGACAAAGCAGCCGAGGCCUCAAUUUGGGAUGCAAUGAAACCUUUUGAUAACACAGUUUGGGGUAUUUUUCUGGCAUCGAUGGUCAUUCAAAUUGUAUGCUUUGUGAUUGUGCGAAAAGCGGAGAAUCAACUUUUCGAUGAAAAGGAAGGCUUGUGGGAGACGGUUUGGAGUGUGCUCGCCUUUCAGCUGAAUCAAUUCCAGGACAAGUGCAACUUUUACACAAAUUCAGGUCGUUUAAUGUUGACAAUGUUCGGCAUUUGUCACUUGGUACUUUUCCUUGGACUUUACCAGAGUUACUUGAUCUCCGCGCUUCUGCAAGACACCGCUUCAAAACCGUUUAAUAACCUUGAAGAAAUGGUGGCUUUGGUAAAAGACGGAAACUACGAGCUACUCAAGAUUUUGAAUGGAAAUUGGAUCUAUGACGAUAUUUCGGUAUCGCCACUCUUCAAAGAUUUGCGUUCGGCGCUGGUAAAACACCCAUAUUUCAUCGUCAAUGACAGCAUGAAAGCUUUGGACAAAUUGGAUCGGGGCAAGUACGUGAUGUUCAACCAAAUCGAUUCCUAUGCCACGCUGGAAUUGGGCACUCAUUGCAAUAUCAUAACGAUCACUGAAGGUUUGCCACAGAAAACGGCGCACUUCCUCUUCCAACCAAAUUCUUCUUUCGUGAACGGCUUUAAUAAACAAAUCAUUAUGCAACAAUCUUUUAUUUUGCGCACUUACAUGAAAUAUUUCGAUUCCGGGUUUCGGAUCUAUAAACCGACGAAUUGCGAGGAGAAACUCGGAGUUAACGAGUAUCAACCAUUGGGCUUUAAAAACUGUAUGGGUAUUUUCGUGAUCCUUCUGAUUGGCUGGGUGGCUUGUCCAUUCGCGUUCGCCGUCGAGCUGAUCACUUUCAAAUUCUACAAUCGUGCCAAGAAACUCGUUGCCGUGAAAUUGAUGCGACCGCAUUUGAGC